AGCCCACAAGAGCAAGAUAUGCAAGUACCACGUUCGUAAAUAUACCCGAUGACAAUACCAUUUUCCCAGUACACCUCUAAAUUACACCCUUAAUCCAACUGGAGAGUAUUAUAGCGUGAGAAAGUUAGAAACAUACGCAGCGUCAAAUGGCUUGUCCCUCACUGUUACACUCUACGUCGUCGUUUCGCUGUCAAUUUCCUAUUCUAUCAUCUCCAUCUUCUGUACGAACAUCUUACGGAAACCCUAGAAAUGUAAAUGUGGUGGUAUCGGUGAAGGCUGCUGCGGGAGGCAUCGUGUUGGUGGACAAAUCCGAAUCAGAUAAAUCCCAUCGGCUUAAAACUACUUAUCUUGAAAAGGUUGUUCCUUUGCUCAAAGAGGAGUUCUCUUACACUAAUAUUCUUCAGGUUCCAAAGCUUGAGAAGAUUGUUGUCAACUGUGGUAUUGGAGAUGCUUCCCAGAAUUCUAAGGGUUUGGAAGCGGCAAUGAAUGACUUAGCACUAAUUACAGGGCAGAGACCUGUAAAGACACGAGCUAGGAAAUCUGUUGCCACCUUCAAGAUCAGGGAAGGUGAAACACUUGGGAUUGCUGUCACACUUAGAGGAAAUAUAAUGUAUUCAUUCCUAGAUCGGCUGAUUAACUUAGGGCUGCCUAGAACAAGAGAUUUCCAAGGUGUGAACCCUAAUAGCUUUGAUGGUCAUGGGAAUUACAGCAUUGGUAUUCGUGAUCAGAGUGUCUUUCCAGAGGUCAGGUCUGAUGCUCUUAGUAAGCCGAAGGGAAUGGAUGUUUGCAUUACAACAACAGCCAAAACUGAUAAAGAAGCCCAGAAACUUUUGGCUUUAUUGGGAAUGCCAUUCAGAGAAGGUGGUGGUCCUGCAGUUGUAGUGCGAAAGAAGAAACUGAAGGCUCAUCAUUUUGAUUCAAAAUCCAAGGUAAGGUCACGUAGAUGAGGUCUUAUUCUUCCCCGUAGGAUGGGAUUUUUUUUGUGUCGCCUUUGUUAUUUGAAAGUUUGUUAUUAAUAGGGAUGUUGGAUUCCAUUUUCAGUUUAUCACAUUCAAUAUAACUUGGUAUUGCUUACAUGCUAGUAUGUUUCCACAUUUUGUUUUAUAAUACAAGUGAAACUUGAACAGA